UUUUGAAUUAGACAAGAAGAGGUAUUAAAUUGUUGAAACUAAAAGGAAAGAGAUUAAAUUUCAAAAGUCUAAAAAAUACAGGGACUAGAGGCAAAAUAAAACCAAUUUUCUUUCUCUUCCACCUGGGUUAACCAAUUUUAGUCAAAUUAUAAUAAGAAAAAAAAAAAAAGGAGAGGGAAUUACGCUGAAUAAUAAAAUGUUUGGCGGGUUUGAAAAAUUCAGCGCCAUUUUUGCUUUAAAUUCAAUCAAAAUUCUCCACCACAGAGAGAGGGCCUUUUUAAAAUCAAAAGGAAUAAAUUUAUACCCCGAUUCUUCAUUUACAGUUUCGGGGUGUUAAUUAUAAUACUCGUUUUCUUCCAAACUGUAACUCAAUGUCGGGUAUUCAAGGCCAGAUUCUCGACGUUACUGUUGUGGGGUGUAAAAAAUUGAAGGAUACAGAAUGGCUCUCGAAGCAAGAUCCCUACGUUUGCCUUGAUUAUGCAAACACCAAGUAUCGUACAAAAACCUGCACUGAUGGUGGGAAAUCACCCAUAUUCCAAGAGAAAUUCACAUUCUCCUUGCUUGAAGGGCUAACAGAGGUCAAUGUAGUGGUCUGGAACAGCAAUACUUUAUCUAGUGAUGACUUAAUAGGCUAUGGAAGAGUUCAAUUGCAGAAGGCUAUUUCUCAAGGUUAUGAUGAUAGUUCUUGGGCCAUUCAAACCAAAACUGGCAGGUAUGCAGGAGAAGUACAGCUGAUACUGCAUUAUCCCAACGCCAAACACCAAGCCUCAGGAGGAUAUAGUCAACCGUCGGCACCACCAGCAUAUGCACCGCCACCUCAUCAACCACCUCCAUACGGCGGACCACCAGUUCCAGCUCCUUAUCCACCACCAGGUCCGGCGGGUUAUCCAGCUCCACCGUAUCCUGGUGGUUAUCCUCAACAACCCUUGUAUCCUCCAGCCACGUAUCCUCUUGGACCAGACCCAUAUGGCGGAUACCCUCCUCCACCAGGCGCUUACCCUCCUCCACCCUAUUACCCUCCAGGUAACAUCAUUGGUCCCAUCUUAGAUUAUCUUUUGGCACUAAUUAUAUAAUACCAGCAAAAUUACUCUGCAGGUCCCUAUAUUAUAGACCAAGUGUAUUGGGGUCCCUAUAGUUUUAAAAUGGGCACAAAGAUUCAUUCUCCUUAGAAUAACAAACAAAAUGCCAAAAUUAUCAUUUUUUAUAACAUUACGUCUCGAGUCCUCAAAACCUCGAAACUAAAUUAAAAAUGCUGUAUGACUUGAGAUUAAAGUAUCAAGACUUGAGGGUCAAGUCUCAAAACUUGGAAACAUCAAAGAAAAAAAUCUUGAAACAAGAGUGGCAAGUCUUGAUACCCUGAUCGUAAGGUACCGAUAUCAAGUCCACUAUUUUGAUACUUUGAGCUAGUAAUCGUAUCUUAAUUUCGUAGUUGAUCUUGAUUCUUGUCUCACAUUGAAUCACUAUGAAGUUGAAAAAUUCACUCUUAUAGCUUGAAAUCUAAGCAUAAUGCCAUGUUUGUUAAUUUAAUUUAAAUGUAUAUAUUUGAUAACAAUUUGUUCUCUGAGUUGUAUCAGCAACAAAAUGUGACAUCUCGCAUUUAGGUUCAUCGUUUGAGUCGAUUGCGGAGUGUCACAUUAAUAUUUGAAAAAAAAUAUAUUAUAAUUUCUAUAAAAAAAUAUUGUACUAUGCAAUUUUUUUGUGGAUUUGGUAUUUAUUAUUAUUUGAUCGAUUUUAGUCUUUAUUUUUUAAAAUGUGUAUUUCAAUUUUAAAGUUAAACAUUUUAGGUUAAUAUCAGGAAAUUAUUUAUUUAAACAUUUGAUGAUGUGAUGUGUACAACUUGAUAUUUCUUUUAUAGUUGGACAAAAUUUUGCACAUUAAAGGGAAAAAUAGAAGAGAAGCUGGUAUAAUAUUUGUCCAAUUGCAUGAAGAAAUAAUUACAUGUCCGAAGAAAUGAGCUAUGGAAAAUUAUUUGAUUGAACUAGCAAAAAAAGAAAAAGUAGGCACAAGGA